CUGUCUUGACGUGAGCUUGGGUUUGAACAAUCUUACGUGUCAUUCUCAGAGUUUCAGUCAUUCAGAAACCUCCUGGACGCUUUUUGUGGACAAAUCCAUGCUGGUUCUGGAUUUGUUAUUGAUGAGCUGUGGUCGCACUGGUUAACGGUUGCUAACUUGCUAGAAGCAUGAAGGCUUUGAUCCUGGUGGGGGGGUAUGGGACCCGGUUGCGACCGCUCACCCUGAGCGUCCCAAAACCUCUGGUGGAGUUCUGCAACAAACCCAUCCUGCUGCACCAGGUGGAGGCACUGGUCAAGGCUGGGGUGGACCAUGUUAUUCUGGCGGUGAGCUACAUGUCAGAGCUGCUGGAGAGAGAGAUGAGAGUCCAGGAGCAGAGACUUGGGAUUCGUAUUUCUCUGUCUCAUGAGAUGGAGCCUCUGGGAACAGCGGGUCCUCUGGCGUUGGCUCGAGAGCUGCUGAAUGUGGACAACGAGCCGUUCUUUGUCCUGAAUUCAGACGUCAUCUGUGAUUUUCCCUUCAAAGAUCUGCUGCAGUUCCACCACAACCACGGCAAGGAGGGAACCAUCGUGGUAACUCGGGUGGAGGAGCCCUCUAAAUACGGUGUGGUGGUGUUUGAGGCGGAGGGCGGGAGGAUCCAUCGCUUCGUUGAGAAACCACAGGUGUUCGUCUCUAACAAGAUCAAUGCCGGCAUGUACAUCUUCAAUCCCAGCAUGCUCAGCAGGAUCCAGCUGAGACCAACGUCCAUAGAGAAAGAGAUAUUUCCUGUCAUGGCAGAGGAGGGACACCUGUACGCCAUGGAGCUACAAGGUUUCUGGAUGGACAUCGGUCAGCCUAAAGACUUCCUGACAGGGAUGUGUAUGUACCUUCAGUCGGUACGACAACACGCUCCGGAGCGGCUACGCACGGGGCCCGGUUUCCUUGGCAACGUUCUGGUGGACCCCACGGCUCAGAUCGGAGAGAACUGCACCAUCGGCCCCAACGUGACCAUCGGCGCCGGCGUGGUUGUGGAGGAUGGCGUCAGGAUAAAACGAUGCACGGUGCUGAAGGGAGCGCGGGUUCGAUCGCACUCCUGGCUGGAGAGCUGCAUCGUGGGGUGGAGCUCCUCUGUUGGCCAGUGGGUUCGUAUGGAGAAUGUGACGGUGCUGGGGGAGGAUGUGAUCGUGAAUGACGAGCUUUACCUGAACGGUGCCAACGUCCUGCCUCACAAAUCCAUCAACGAGUCGGUCCCAGAGCCACGGAUCAUCAUGUAGCAUCGGGUGGAGGAGAAAAGCUCAGCGCCUUUUAUACGAACUCAAGUCAACACCCAAACUGUGCCAGAGAGAAGGGGAGGGGGGGGUGAACAGACGGGCAGAGGGAAGGAGUAGGAGGAGAGAAACAUGAACAAAAGAAGGCUUUUUUUGUUUCUUUUUUGAAUUACUUUGGACUCGUUUUUAGCCCUGCUUGGCUGCAACUUCCAUCAAUCAGAAAAGAUGGCGUAAGCAUGUGAUCUGUCAAAAAGCAGCCUGGCCCCUCAGGCUUUUUAAACUUGUGUCACAGCUUCAGUUAGGACAUCAAACACUAAUGUCCUGAAAGUGGUGGAUGGUGAAUGUGUCAUGUGAACACUGCUUUAAUUGAGAGAAAGCCAGGUAGGGUGGCUGGUAUACCUGGGCUGGUGGAGGGAAUAAUACUGAGGGGAGGAGGGGGUUAGGGAGCGAUAGGAACACUGCUGUUUAGAUUCACUAUGCAUUUACAUGCCCUGGACUGCUACAGAGUAUCAGUGAUUUGGAUAGGAUCAUACUACACCUACAUGUUUCUCUGCUGGAGCAGGGACUGGAUUCAUGAUUGAUGACACUGAGAUCUCUGAUCUGAUGUGUUAAACAAAAUGCAGUAUUGGUUGUAGUUAAAGCUGCACACGCAGCAGAACAAGCUCCAACACAACAUCUGGAAUAUUAUCACCAUAUAAAGUGCAAAGAGCUUCUUCUUUUACACAUCCAGCAGGUGAAGAGAAACACUUAUCAGCCAAUUGGCGUCAUGUGGCCUGAUGAAUGUAAUUUGAUCCAUUUUUAUAUAACAAUAUUGAUCAACGCAGCUUUAAUCGGUUGUUAAGUACAUGUCAGUUUUGUCUCGUUGCCUUGGUAAACUUCACACAUUUUUCUGUUCUUUCCUUUUUACUAUAAAAACUGCGACUCAAUGCCAAACUUUACUGCUCCGUAAAAAGUGACAUGUAGCGAGGUUUUAUGUAACAAACUGCAGUUUCUGGAGUUCAGAUAUGAGAGUCAGACAGUAAGACUGCAGCGGGAGAUACUUUAAAAUCAUAUAUUGUUUUGACAUGUUUUUCAUUUGUUCCGUGGUGUUUUCAGUGUUCAUCUCCAGCUGAGGAUGUUGGAAAUUCGCUCUUUAGUUUUAGUGGGAUGCUGUCAUGAGCUGAAUUGUUGGAUGUGUUAAAACUUUUGUUUGUGAUGCUAGAUGAAGAGAAGUCAGAGUCAAUCCUUCCUGUGUAGUUGCUGAGAUAUCUCACUCUUUACCAAAGUGUUGGGCCAUCAAACUGUCUGACGGACUAAAGUUGCUGAAUUUAACAUAUUUUGAAUGAGGUAUAUUAAUAAACACAAAGGGAAGAGGGAUUGAAAGAGAUUUCAGUCCUCUCGCUCAAAUGAAGAGGAUGUAUUAACCACGCCAUCCUUGCUGUAAAAACAAAUCAUUUUUAAUGUUCAACAGAGAUGAGGUUAAAUCAGUAGACGCCUCUUUGAGUAAAGUAACCUGUUGAACCCUUACAGUUGAAUUCUUCUGGAGCUCGUCACUACAGGCGUCCGUGUUUUUGUCAGCAAAGAUUCACAGAGGUUAGUUACUUGCUGCAGGUGAGAUCAGCUGUAAGUCCAACACUGAUCUCUGAACACGAUGCUGUGGUUGUUAUGCAGUUAGUGAUGAACGGUAUGUAGGAUACUGAUAUAAAGACUUUAACCGUGUCUGAAUGAAUGAAGUCAAUUCUUGUAAUGAAGUCUUUUUUAAAGAGAGUAAUAUAAUCUACUGACCACAUUCA